CUUUUUAUUUUGUUUUCAGAAAAACACGAAUCAAUGAUGAUAAAUAUCACAUCAUGGACAAAAUAUAAUUUCCGAACCAGUAGACCAUGAGGCUCGGCCUCAAUGGAGUGAUCCACAGGCUGGGAAAGAGACCCAGGUCCUGCAUAGCAGCCAAUCAGGUACAGGCCCUGUGGUAUUCACUCCCAGGCCUAUACACGUUUAAAUCCUCUGAAACCCAAUAAACGAAGUCUUUUGUGGGCAAGAAUCUGGAGAGACAAGUUGGGAUAAUCCCUCAAUUGUGGGACCAAGUAACAAAAUUUACACUGUUUAGAUCAGUUUCUUGGUUUUGGUCCUUUUCCAUGAUCUCAUAACGACAUAGAGACAAAAGAGACUGAUAAGUUCCAGUGUCAAUAAUAAUAUACAGAGCAAUUUUUGGUGGGUAAUUUCGCAGUUGGGGCAUCCUCAGUCUAAACAAAGAAGCCCCUGGAAGCAAUCCUGGCAUGGACACAUUAGCAGCUCAAUUCAAGCUCACCCUUUUACCCCUUUUAGCUAUUUCUUUUCUUUUCUUGCCUUUUCUUCGGGCCACUGAUUUCAAAUACUGCGAUAGUGAAGGUAAUUAUGUUGUAAAAGUCGAUGGAGUCGAUAUAUCACCUAAUCCUGUGGUUAGAGGCAAGCCAGCCAACUUCACGAUCUCAGCUUCUACUGGUCAAGCUAUCUCUGGUGGCAAAGCUGUGAUUGAUGUUUCCUACUUUGGGGUACAUAUCCAUCAAGAAAAUCAUGAACUUUGUGAGGAAACAUCCUGCCCUAUUGCAGUUGGCAACUUUGUACUCUCUCACAAUGAAGCUUUACCUGGAUUUACUCCACCAGGCUCCUACACACUUAAGAUGACAUUAUCGGGUGAGGAAAUUCUGCAGUUAACUUGCUUUACGUUCAACUUCAAAAUCCGUUUAGGUGCUUCUGGAUCUUUGGUCUCUGAUAGCUGAUCCACCAAGUAAAUGACUGUAUAACUCUUUGGCAUAUAUUAUAUCCUAUUUCCUGUGGAGAGAUCUCAAGUUUCUACAAUCGUUGUACUUUUAUUCUACUAAAAUUGCCAUUUAUGUAUAAAACAUGCCAUUGUGAGUGUUCAGACCCUGAUUUGAACUAAAAAUGUCUGGUCUUGUUAGCACUACUCUCUACAAAAUUGUUAUGCUACAUAUACAAGAACAUUAGCAUAUCAAGGUAUAACACUUCAUUAGUCAAUUAUGAAUGUAUUAUUGUCUUUCUUCGACGCCGGCCAACUUCUAAAUUAGAGUCAAUCACCCUGACUAGCCAGUUUAAA